AUGAACGAAGUGAACGUGGACGUGGUCGUGGACGUGGACUUAGACGUGGACGUGGUCGUGGACGUGGACGUGGACGUGGACGUGGACGUGGUCGUGGACGUGGACGUGGACGUGGACGUGGUCGUGGACGUGGACGUGGUCGUGGACGUGGACGUGGACGUGGUCGUGGACGUGGACGUGGACGUGGACUUGGACUUGGACGUAGACGUGGACGUGGAGGUGGACGUGGAGGACGUGGACGUGGACGUGGAGGACGUGGACGUGGACGUGGACGUGGUCGUGGACGUGGACGUGGUCGUGGACGUGGACGUGGACGUGGACGUGGUCGUGGACGUGGACGUGGACGUGGACAUGGACGUGGACCUGGACGUGGACGUGGACGUGGACGUGGACGUGGACGUGGUCGUGGACGUGGACGUGGACGUGGACGUGGUCGUGGACGUGGACGUGGUCGUGGACGUGGACGUGGACGUGGACUUGGACGUGGACCUGGACGUGGACGUGGACGUGGACGUGGUCGUGGACGUGGACGUGGACUUGGACGUGGACGUGGACAUGGACGUGGACGUUGACGUGGACGUUGACGUGGACGUGGACGUGGACGUGGUCGUGGAUGUGGACGUGAACGUCGACGUGGACGUGGACGUGGACGUGGACGUGGACGUGGACGUGGACGUGGUCGUGGACGUGGUCGUGGACGUGGACGUGGACGUGGACGUGGACUUGGACGUGGACGUGGAUGUGGUCGUGGACUUGGAAGUGGACGUGGUCGUGGACGUGGUCGUGGACGUGGACGUGGACGUGGAAGUGGACGUGGUCGUGGACGUGGUCGUGGACGACGUGGACGUGGACGUGGACGUGGAGAACGAGGACGUGGACGUGGAGGACGAGGACGUGGGCGUGGACGUGGACGUGGUCGUGGUCGUGGACGUGGAGGUGGACGUGGACGUGGACUUGGACGUGGACGUGGUUGUGGACGUGGUCGUGGACGUGGUCGUGGACGUGGACGUGGACGUGGACGUGGACGUGGACGUGGACGUGGACGUUGACGUGGACGUGGUCGUGGACGUGGUCGUGGACUUGGACGUGGACGUGGACGUGGACGUGGUCGUGGACGUGGACGUCGACAUGGUCGUGGACGUGGUCGUGGACGUGGACGUGGACGUGGACGUGGUCGUGGACGUGGACGUGGUCGUGGACGUGGACGUGGACGUGGUCGUGGACGUGGACGUGGACGUGGACUUGGACGUAGACGUGGACGUAGAGGUGGACGUGGAGGACGUGGACGUGGACGUGGAGGACGUGGACGUGGACGUGGCCGUGGACGUGGACUUGGACGUAGACGUGGACGUGGAGGUGGACGUGGAGGACGUGGACGUGGACGUGGAGGACGUGGACUUGGACGUCGACGUGGACGUGGACGUGGUCGUGGACGUGGACGUGGUCGUGGACGUGGACGUGGUCGUAGACGUGGACGUGGACGUGGACGUGGACGUGGACGUGGACAUGGACGUCGACCUGGACGUGGACGUGGUCGUGGACGUGGACGUGGACGUGGACGUGGACGUGGUCGUGGAGGUGGACGUGGACGUGGACGUGGACGUGGUCGUGGACGUGGAGGUGGACGUGGACGUGGUCGUGGACGUGGACGUGGUCGUGGACGUGGACGUGGACGUGGUCGUGGACAUGGACAUGGACGUGGACUUGGACGUAGACGUGGACGUGGAGGUGGACGUGGAGGACGUGGACGUGGACGUGGAGGACGUGGACGUGGACGUGGAGGACGUGGACGUGGACGUGGACGUGGACGUGGUCGUGGACGUGGACAUGGUCGUGGACGUGGACGUGGACGUGGACGUGGACGUGGACGUGGACCUGGACCUGGACCUGGACCUGGACGUGGACGUGGACGUGGACGUGGACGUGGUCGUGGACGUGGACGUGGACGAGGACGUGGACGUGGUCGUGGACGUGAACAUGGUCGUGGACGUGGACGUGGACGUGGACCUGGACGUGGACCUGGACGUGGACGUGGACGUGGACGUGGUCGUGGACGUGGACGUGGACUUGGACGUGGACGUGGACGUGGACAUGGACGUGGACAUGGACGUGGACUUGGACGUGGACGUGGACGUGGACGUGGACGUGGACGUGGACGUGGACGUGGACGUGGACGUGGACGUGGAAGUGGACGUGGUCGUGGACGUGGACGUGGACGUGGACGUGGACUUGGACGUGGACGUGGAUGUGGUCGUGGACUUGGAAGUGGACGUGGUCGUGGACGUGGUCGUGGACGUGGACGUGGACGUGGAAGUGGACGUGGUCGUGGACGUGGACGUGGACGUGGACGUGGACGUGGUCGUGGACGUGGACGUGGACGUGGACGUGGACGUGGACGUGGACGACGAGGACGUGGACGUGGACGUGGAGGACGAGGACGUGGACGUGGACUUGGACGUGGACGUGGACGUGGACGUGGACUUGGACGUGGAUGUGGACGUGGACGUGGUCGUGGAUGUGGACGUGGACGUGUACGUGGACGUGGACGUGGACGUGGACGUGGACGUGGACGUGGACGUGGUCGUAGACGUGGACGUGGACGUGGACGUGGACGUGGACAUGGACGUGGACGUGGACGUGGACGUGGUCGUGGACGUGGACGUGUACGUGGAGGACGAAGACGUGGACGUGGACGUGGAGGACGAGGACGUGGACGUGGACUUGGACGUGGACGUGGACGUGGACUUGGACGUGGACGUGGACGUGGACGUGGACGUGGUCGUGGACGUGGACGUGGACGUGGACAUGUACGUGGACGUGGUCGUGGACGUGGACGUGGACAUGGACGUGGACCUGGACGUGGACGUGGACGUGGACGUGGUCGUGGACGUGGACGUGGACGUGGACGUGGUCAUGGACGUGGACGUGGACGUGGUCGUGGACGUGGACGUGGACGUGGACGUGGUCGUGGACGUGGAGGUGGACGUGGACGUGGACUUGGACGUGGACGUGGACGUGGACGUGGACGUGGAAGUGGACGUGGUCGUGGACGUGGACGUGGACGUGGACGUGGACGUGGACGUGGACGUGGACGUGGAAGUGGACGUGGACGUGGACGUGGACGUGGACGUGGACGUGGACGUGGACGUGGACAUGGACGUGGACCUGGACGUGGACGUAAACGUGGACGUGGACGUGGUCGUGGACGUGGACGUGGACGUGGACGUGGUCAUGGACGUGGACGUGGACGUGGACGUGGACGUGGACGUGGACGUGGACGUGGACGUGGACGUGGACCUGGACGUGGACGUGGACGUGGUCGUGGACGUGGACGUGGACGUGGACGUGGUCAUGGACGUGGACGUGGACGUGGACGUGGUCGUGGACGUGGACGUGGACGUGGACGUGGUCGUGGACGUGGAGGUGGACGUGGACGUGGACUUGGACGUGGACGUGGACGUGGACGUGGACGUGGAAGUGGACGUGGUCGUGGACGUGGACGUGGACGUGGACGUGGACGUGGAAGUGGACGUAGACGUGGACGUGGACGUGGACGUGGACGUGGACGUGGACGUGGACGUGGACGUGGACAUGGACGUGGACCUGGACGUGGACGUGGACGUGGACGUGGACGUGGUCGUGGACGUGGACGUGGACGUGGACGUGGUCCUGGACGUGGACGUGGACGUGGACGUGGUCGUGGACGUGGACGUGGACGUGGACGUGGUCGUGGACGUGGAGGUGGACGUGGACGUGGACGUGGACGUGGACGUGGACGUGGACGUGGAAGUGGACGUGGUCGUGGACGUGGACGUGGACGUGGACGUGGACGUGGUCAUGGACGUGGACGUGGUCGUGGACGUGGACGUGGAGGACGUGGACGUGGACGUGGACGUGGACGUGGACGUGGACGUGGACUUGGACGUGGACUUGGACGUGGACGUGGACGUGGACGUGGACGUGGACGUGGAUGCGGACGUGGACUUGGACAUGGACGUGGACGUGGAGGACGUGGACGUGGACGUGGACGUGGACGUGGAUGCGGACGUGGACGUGGACGUGGAUGCGGACGUGGACGUGGACGUGGACGUGGACGUGGAGGACGUGGACGUGGACGUGGACGUGGACGUGGACGUGGACGUGGACUUGGACGUGGACUUGGACGUGGACGUGGACGUGGACGUGGACGUGGACGUGGACGUGGACGUGGACUUGGACAUGGACUUGGACGUGGACGUGGACGUGGACGUGGACGUGGUCGUGGACGUGGACGUGGACGUGGACGUGGACGUGGACCUGGACCUGGACGUGGACGUUGACGUGGACUUGGACGUGGACGUGGACGUGGACGUGGUCGUGGACGUGGACCUGGACGUGGACGUGGUCGUGGACGUGGACGUGGACGUGGUCGUGGACGUGGACGUGGUCGUGGACGUCGAAGUGGACAUGGACGUGGACGUGGACGUGGACGUGGAUGCGGACGUGGACGUGGACCUUGACGUGGAGGAUGUGGACGUCGAUGUGGACGUGGACAUGGACGUGGACGUGGACGUGGACGUGGAGGACGAGGAUGUGGACGUGGACGUGGAGGACGAGGAUGACGUGGACGUGUACGUGGACGUGGUCGUGGACGUGGACGUGGACCUGGACGUGGACCUGGACGUGGACGUGGACGUGGACGUGGACGUGGUCGUGGACGGGGACGUGGACGUGGACGUGGACGUGGAGGACGAGGACGUGGACGUGGAGGACGAGGAUGUGGACGUGGACUUGGACAUGGACGUGAAAGGACGUGGACGUGGUCAACUGGACGUGGACGUGGACGUGGACGUGGUCGUGGACGUGGACGUGGACGUGGUCAUGGACGUGGACGUGGACGUGGACGUGGUCGUGGUCGUGCACGUGGACGUGGACGUGGUCGUGGACGUGGACGUGGACGUGGACGUGGUCGUGGACGUGGACGUGGACGUGGUCGUGGACGUGGACGUGGACGUGGACGUGGUGGUAGACGUGGUGGUGGACGUAGACGUGGACGUGGACGUGGACGUGGUGGUGAACGUGGUCGUGGACGUGGACGUGAACGUGGACGUGGUUGUGGACAUGGACGUGGACGUGGACGUGGACGUGGUCGUGGUCGUGGACGUGGACGUGGACGUGGACGUGGACGUGGACGUGGACGUGGACGUGGACGUGGACGUGGAAGUGGACGUGGUCGUGGACGUGGACGUGGACGUGGACGUGGACGUGGACUUGGACGUGGACGUGGAUGUGGUCGUGGACUUGGAAGUGGACGUGGUCGUGGACGUGGUCGUGGACGUGGACGUGGACGUGGAAGUGGACGUGGUCGUGGACGUGGACGUGGACGUGGACUUGGACGUGGUCGUGGACGUGGACGUGGACGUGGACGUGGACGUGGACGACGAGGACGUGGACGUGGACGUGGACGUGGACGUGGACGUGGAGGACGUGGACGUGGACGUGGACGUGGACGUGGACGUGGACGUGGACGUGGACGUGGACGUGGACGUGGACGUGGACGUGGAGGACGAGGACGUGGACGUGGACUUGGACGUGGACGUGGACGUGGACGUGGACUUGGACGUGGAUGUGGACGUGGACGUGGUCGUGGAUGUGGACGUGGACGUGUACGUGGACGUGGACGUGGACGUGGACGUGGACGUGGACGUGGUCGUAGACGUGGACGUGGACGUGGACGUGGACGUGGACAUGGACGUGGACGUGGACGUGGACGUGGACGUGGUCGUGGACGUGGACGUGUACGUGGAGGACGAAGACGUGGACGUGGACGUGGAGGACGAGGACGUGGACGUGGACUUGGACGUGGACGUGGACGUGGACUUGGACGUGGACGUGGACGUGGACGUGGACGUGGUCGUGGACGUGGACGUGGACGUGGACAUGUACGUGGACGUGGUCGUGGACGUGGACGUGGACAUGGACGUGGACCUGGACGUGGACGUGGACGUGGACGUGGUCGUGGACGUGGACGUGGACGUGGACGUGGUCAUGGACGUGGACGUGGACGUGGACGUGGUCGUGGACGUGGACGUGGACGUGGACGUGGUCGUGGACGUGGAGGUGGACGUGGACGUGGACUUGGACGUGGACGUGGACGUGGACGUGGACGUGGAAGUGGACGUGGUCGUGGACGUGGACGUGGACGUGGACGUGGACGUGGACGUGGACGUGGAAGUGGACGUGGACGUGGACGUGGACGUGGACGUGGACGUGGACGUGGACGUGGACAUGGACGUGGACCUGGACGUGGACGUAAACGUGGACGUGGACGUGGUCGUGGACGUGGACGUGGACGUGGACGUGGUCAUGGACGUGGACGUGGACGUGGACGUGGACGUGGACGUGGACGUGGACGUGGACGUGGACGUGGACGUGGACCUGGACGUGGACGUGGACGUGGACGUGGACGUGGUCGUGGACGUGGACGUGGACGUGGACGUGGUCAUGGACGUGGACGUGGACGUGGACGUGGUCGUGGACGUGGACGUGGACGUGGACGUGGUCGUGGACGUGGAGGUGGACGUGGACGUGGACUUGGACGUGGACGUGGACGUGGACGUGGACGUGGAAGUGGACGUGGUCGUGGACGUGGACGUGGACGUGGACGUGGACGUGGAAGUGGACGUAGACGUGGACGUGGACGUGGACGUGGACGUGGACGUGGACGUGGACGUGGACAUGGACGUGGACCUGGACGUGGACGUGGACGUGGACGUGGACGUGGUCGUGGACGUGGACGUGGACGUGGACGUGGUCCUGGACGUGGACGUGGACGUGGACGUGGUCGUGGACGUGGACGUGGACGUGGACGUGGUCGUGGACGUGGAGGUGGACGUGGACGUGGACGUGGACGUGGACGUGGACGUGGACGUGGAAGUGGACGUGGUCGUGGACGUGGACGUGGACGUGGACGUGGACGUGGUCAUGGACGUGGACGUGGUCGUAGACGUCGAAGCGGACGUGGACGUGGACGUGGACGUGGAUGCGGACGUGGACGUGGACGUGGACGUGGACGUGGAGGACGUGGACGUGGACGUGGACGUGGACGUGGACGUGGACUUGGACGUGGACUUGGACGUGGACGUGGACGUGGACGUGGACGUGGACGUGGACGUGGACGUGGACUUGGACAUGGACUUGGACGUGGACGUGGACGUGGACGUGGACGUGGACGUGGACGUGGUCGUGGACGUGGACGUGGACGUGGACGUGGACGUGGACGUGGACGUGGACGUGGAAGUGGACGUGGACGUGGACGUGGACGUGGACGUGGACGUGGACGUGGACGUGGACAUGGACGUGGACCUGGACGUGGACGUAAACGUGGACGUGGACGUGGUCGUGGACGUGGACGUGGACGUGGACGUGGUCAUGGACGUGGACGUGGACGUGGACGUGGACGUGGACGUGGACGUGGACGUGGACGUGGACGUGGACGUGGACCUGGACGUGGACGUGGACGUGGACGUGGACGUGGUCGUGGACGUGGACGUGGACGUGGACGUGGUCAUGGACGUGGACGUGGACGUGGACGUGGUCGUGGACGUGGACGUGGACGUGGACGUGGUCGUGGACGUGGACGUCGACGUGGACGUGGACGUGGACGUUGACGUGGACGUGGACGUGGACAUGGUCGUGGACGUGGACGUGGACGUGGACGUUGACGUGGACGUGGACGUGGUCGUGGACGUGGACGUGGACGUGGUCGUAGACGUGGUCGUGGACGUGGACGUGGACGUGGACGUGGAAGUGGACGUGGAGGUGGACGUGGACGUGGAGGUGGACGUGGACGUGGACUUGGACGUGGACGUGGACGUGGACGUGGACGUGGAAGUGGACGUGGUCGUGGACGUGGACGUGGACGUGGACGUGGACGUGGAAGUGGACGUAGACGUGGACGUGGACGUGGACGUGGACGUGGACGUGGACGUGGACAUGGACGUGGACCUGGACGUGGACGUGGACGUGGACGUGGACGUGGUCGUGGACGUGGACGUGGACGUGGACGUGGUCCUGGACGUGGACGUGGACGUGGACGUGGUCGUGGACGUGGACGUGGACGUGGACGUGGUCGUGGACGUGGAGGUGGACGUGGACGUGGACGUGGACGUGGACGUGGACGUGGACGUGGAAGUGGACGUGGUCGUGGACGUGGACGUGGACGUGGACGUGGACGUGGUCAUGGACGUGGACGUGGUCGUAGACGUCGAAGCGGACGUGGACGUGGACGUGGACGUGGAUGCGGACGUGGACGUGGACGUGGACGUGGACGUGGAGGACGUGGACGUGGACGUGGACGUGGACGUGGACGUGGACUUGGACGUGGACUUGGACGUGGACGUGGACGUGGACGUGGACGUGGACGUGGACGUGGACGUGGACUUGGACAUGGACUUGGACGUGGACGUGGACGUGGUCGUGGACGUGGACGUGGACGUGGACGUGGACGUGGACCUGGACCUGGACGUGGACGUUGACGUGGACUUGGACGUGGACGUGGACGUGGACGUGGUCGUGGACGUGGACCUGGACGUGGACGUGGUCGUGGACGUGGACGUGGACGUGGUCGUGGACGUGGACGUGGUCGUGGACGUCGAAGUGGACAUGGACGUGGACGUGGACGUGGACGUGGAUGCGGACGUGGACGUGGACCUUGACGUGGAGGAUGUGGACGUCGAUGUGGACGUGGACAUGGACGUGGACGUGGACGUGGACGUGGAGGACGAGGAUGUGGACGUGGACGUGGAGGACGAGGAUGACGUGGACGUGUACGUGGACGUGGUCGUGGACGUGGACGUGGACCUGGACGUGGACCUGGACGUGGACGUGGACGUGGACGUGGACGUGGUCGUGGACGGGGACGUGGACGUGGACGUGGACGACGUGGACGUGGUCGUGGACGUGGACGUGGACGUGGACGUGUACGUGGACGUGGACGUGUACGUGGACGUGGACGUGGACAUGAACGUUUACGUCUACGUGGACGUGGACGUGUACGUGGUCGUGGACGUGGACGUGGACAUGGACGUGGACGUGGAUGUGGACGUGGACAUGGACGUGGACCUGGACAUGGACGUGGUCGUGGACGUAGAACUGGACGUGGACGUGGACGUGGACGUGGUCGUGGACGUGGACGUGGACGUGGUCAUGGACGUGGACGUGGACGUGGACGUGGUCGUGGUCGUGGACGUGGACGUGGACGUGGUCGUGGACGUGGACGUGGACGUGGACGUGGUCGUGGACGUGGACGUGGACGUGGUCGUGGACGUGGACGUGGACGUGGACGUGGUGGUGGACGUGGUGGUGGACGUAGACGUGGACGUGGACGUGGACGUGGUGGUGAACGUGGUCGUGGACGUGGACGUGAACGUGGACGUGGUUGUGGACAUGGACGUGGACGUGGACGUGGACGUGGUCGUGGUCGUGGACGUGGACGUGGACGUGGACGUGGUCGUGGACGUGGUCGUGGACGUGGACGUGGACGUAAUUUUUUUGUCUGAUUAA